ACAGUGGUGGAGACGCCAAGGAGGCCAUGGAGCCCGCUGAGGAGGACAUCAUGGAGCUGUGCCAGGACAUGUUCUCCAAAAUGGCCACUUACCUGACGGGCGAGCUGAAGGCUACCAGUGAAGACUAUAAACUUCUGGAAAAUAUGAACAAACUGACUAGCUUGAAGUACAUAGAAAUGAUAGAUAUUGCAGUAAACAUAAGUAGAAGCCUAAAGGACUUAAACCAGAAAUAUGCAGGACUUCAGCCUUAUCUGGAUCAGAUAACGUUAAUUGAAGAGCAAGUAGCAGCUCUUGAGCAGGCAGCCUACAAGUUGGAUGUAUAUUCAAAGAAACUAGAAGCAAAGUACAAGAAGUUAGAGAGGCGAUGA